AUGCUCCCCACGCCGCGGGAGCAGCAGCAAAGGGAUGCUGCCUGCUCGCCUGCUGCAGCAGCAAAAAGCACUUCCCCCAGCUUUCCCCACAACUUCAGCAGCAGCAGCUUCGUCCCCAAACUCUCGCGGCUGGCCCGUGGGGCUUCCCCUGCUGCUUCGCCGCAGCCCCCGCAGCAAAGGCCCAGAGCAGCAGCAGCAGCAGCAGCAGCAGCAGCAGGGCUGUCGCCGGCCGGCUCGCUGGCGGCCUCGUUCGCUGCGGCGACGCCAGCAGCAGUUUCGCGGGCCGCGUCGCUGGCAAGGGCUUCCCCAGCAGCAGCAGCAGCAGCAGCAUCGCCAGCAGCAGCAGCAGCGUCGCCAGCAGCAGCAGCAUCGCCAGCAGCAGCAGCAUCGCCAGCAGCAGCAGCAUCGCCAGCAGCAGCAGCAUCGCCAGCACUCUCGCCAGCUUCUGCUUCGCCGGCCUUAUCGCUAACAGUGGCUUCUGUGGCAGUGGCCUCGUCAGCAGCAGCAUCGCCAGCAGCAGCAGCAUCGCCAGCAGCAGCAUCGCCGGCAGCAGCAGCAUCGCCAGCAGCAGCAGCAUCGCCAGCAGCAGCAGCAGCGUCGCUGUCGCCAGCAGCAACAGCGUCGCCCGCAGCGAGCGCCUCGCCCGCGUCGGCCGCGUCGCCCGCAGCAGCAGCAGCAGCAGCAGCAGCGCGGCAGCACAGCGGGCCCAGGUUCAAAACCCUCGUGGAUGUGGUGUUUUUCGAAAGCGGAAGAAAAGCAGCAGAAGCAGCAGCAGCAGCAGCAGACUGGGGAGAAAGGGUUUCGGGAGAAGAGGCAAAUUCUGUUUGCUUUUCUUUGCAAGACGGGGAUGAAAGCCGCAGCCGCAUGAUCAGCUGCUUCCCUUCUGCUGCUGCAGCAGGAGCAGCAGCAGCAGCAGCAGCAGCGCCCGACGCUCCCGCCCGCUGCUCCACCUCCGACCUAAACUCCCAAGACGAAGAGUCCUUUGAGAGCAUGGAGGAGCAGCAGGAGGAGCAGCAGCAGCAGCAGCUGCAGCAGGUGGGGGGUUUGCUGCGGCUGCGGCUGCCGCUGUGGCUGCAGACCUGCGUGGCCUACAUGCGAGCAGCAAACUGCGAGGCCUUCAGCGACCUCUACGGGCCCUACCAAACCCUAAAUCAGCGGUUUAGGAGCUGGAGGCCCUUGAGCUUCAAAAGGAAAAAAACUGAAGUGGAGUUUGUGGACUUCAGCUGCCGCAAAGUGCCGCUGCAGACGCUGCUGGGGGCUCUGCUGGCUGCUGCGCUGUUCACGCUGCACUUCUUCGUGGCCAGAAGCUGCUGCGGCCUUUCCCCCAAACUCUUUGCUGCUGAACUUGCAUGCAGUUUGCUGCUGCUGCUGCUCAUGGCUGCAUGCAGCUUCGCGUACUGCUGCCGCCGCUACCUCGAGUUCAGCAUUGCGGCCACCACUGCGGCGAUCCUUUCCCUCCGAGCUCUUGUCCGCAUUGUAGUGACAGCCCAGGCCCUGCAGAGGCCCCUCCUCGCCCGCCGCGACUUCUUCGUUUACAACUUGAUGGGAGUUUUGGAGACGGUGCUGCUCCUUCUCAUUCCCUACAGCCUCGCGGCCAUCCGCUACGCGUAUUGUUUUUAUUUGACCUUUAUUUCGGUCUUUUGGGCCCUCUCGAUUGGGUGUCUCUCCAUAAAGGUUGCGGUGUCUGUACACCCGAAAGAUGAAGAAGGCUACUGGGCUGCAGCUGCUCUCAUUUAUUUUCUUUUGGCAGUUCUUGUGAUGGUGCUGGACCAAGCUGCCAUGAUACACGAACACAAACGCCGUGUCCUCUUCUGGAAGCUCAAGACAGCUGACGACCGGCUGGACUUGCUGGAAGACCAAAUCUUUCACAAACAAAAAAGAAAAAGAGUUCCAGUGCCUUCGACUCCUUUGGAAAGUGUAAUUCGCAAUUUAGAUUUGGUGCAAGGGGUGGUCUUGAGCGCGCAAAUGGGGGAAGACGAAAGAGCCCGUGUGCAGCAGCUGCUGACGGAGGCCAGACACAACUUGACGUUUUCGGACAACAUUUACCAGUUCAACGCGGACACUUGCAAAGACGGUUUCGCGAAGAGCUACGUUUCCGAUUUGAGGAGGGAAGGAAUCAGCAAACCCAGAAAGCUUUCCCGCAUGACCAGUUUGGCCGUGAGGCGGCGGACGCGAGUUUUCGGAACUAUAGACACUCUCCAGGCGCUGAAGGAGUACAGCGCCAAGAUCGGAGUGGACUGGAGUUUAGAUUUUAUUCAGUUUGGACGGGAGAGUUCGCGUCCUUUGUUUGAAGUUGGAUUUACAAUUUUGUCUCCUUUUUGUCUUUCGCCAGAUAUCAGUCUCAACACGGAUAUCCUUUCGAACUUCCUAGACGAAGUCAACAACGGCUACAAAGAAAAUCCCUACCACAACGCGCUCCAUGGAGCCACUGUUUGUCACAUGACCAUUUGCCUUCUUGAGAUGCUUCGCGUCCGCGAAUUCAUGAGCGACCUGGAAGAUAUUGCCGUUGGAAUUGCAUCUCUUUGCCACGAUGUGGGUCACCCCGGGCGAAACAACAACUUCAUGAUUGCAGCCAACACGCCUUUGGCAAUUACUUACAACGACAACUCCGUGCUGGAGAACCACCACUCCGCCUUGACUUUCCGCAUUCUCAGCAAGCCUCAGUGCAACAUUCUGGAGAAGGCGACAGACUGCGCUUACCGCGCAAUUCGGAAGUACAUAAUUGAGUGGAUUUUAUCGACAGAUAUGAAAAUGCAUUUCGACCACAUUAGUGCAUUUCGAACGAAAAGAAUCAACGGAGAAUUCAAUAUUGCCAGCAACGAAGAAGACAGAACCCGCGUUAUCUCCAUGUGCGUCAAAGCGGCAGACUUGGGGCACGCCGCGACUUGUUGGGAACAGCACGAGGAAUGGUGCAGACGCGUGGUGACAGAGUUUUAUGACCAAGGGGACGAAGAGGAGCGUCUGGGGCUUCCGAAAUCCUUUCUCUGCGACCGCUCGCUGCAUGAGAAGGAAUUUGUGUCUUCUCAAGUUGGUUUUAUUAAUUUCGUCGUCAAACCGCUUUACGAGGAGCUGAAAUCGGUGGACGAAAUGCUGCAGCUGUCGAAGCGGCAAGAACUUGCGCACAUUUGCGUCGCCAACAUCGAGGCGAAUGCCGCACACUGGCAAAGAGGACAAAAAGAAAUUUGGAAAUAG